CUGGCAGGGCAGAGGCCUGUGUGGAGCUCAUGCACACUGCUUUGGAUGAAUGUUCACAGCACAGCCAUCCAAAGCAGUGUGAUUAUAGUGAAGCGCGCGCACACAGUGAAACAGCAGACAGUUAACCCUUUGAUUACCCCUCAUGUUAACCCCUUCCUGCCCAGUGCCAUUAGUACAGUGUCAGUGCUUUUUUUUUUUUUAGCACUAAUCAAUGUAUUGGUGUCACUGGGGAUGUAAUUGACACCAAGUCUGUUCCCCCCCCCAGUGUCAGAAUGCCCGCUGCAGUCCCGCUAUAAGUCAAUGAUCGCCACCGUUACUAGUAAAAAUAAAAAAAAUUCCAGUUUCUAUACCGCCAUUUGUAAACGCUAUAACUUUCACGUAAACCAAUUAAUUUA